UACAUAUUUAUUUUAUCAUGAAAGAAAAAGAAAAAUCCCAAUUCUCCUUGUUCUCCUCUUGUCAACACCCCUUUCCUUCACUCAGACAAAGCAGCUCAGCUAUGGAGGAGCCCAAAGGAACAAUAGUGUUUACCACACUCGGUAUACAACACUACGGAUUCGACAUCUUCUCUAUCAAACUUCUCUCUACAUCUAAUGAUCUCCACACCCACAUCCAAUUGGGAUCCGAACACCGCCUCACCGACGGUGUUUCCCUUAAUUUCAACGGUCAGUUCGUGGACGAGGACCAAACAACUCUCGUCUACGUCUCCGAGAGAACUGGCGCCUCUCGAAUCUUCUUCAACCGACCCGGUUUUCCACAGGCGGAGGAGCUACUACCGUCGUCUUCUGAUUCUCAUAGCAGCCACGACCGUCCCAUCAUUAAGAACGGACGUCUCUACUUUGUCUCCUCCUCCGCUCACCAACAUCGUCAUCAACUGCUCAAAAGCAGCUCCGCUGUUUACUCCACAGCUCUCCUCCUUCCUCACAGCCACGGCCACAGCCACAGCCACCAGAAGGAAAUCGUCCGUCUCACACCCAACGACUCCGUUGACUACAGUCCUGCUGUUUCCCACACCGGCAAGUUCAUUGCCGUCGCCUCUUACGGCUCUCGCCCUUGGAAUACUGCUCAUUUCCAUGACCUCCACACCGAUAUUGUUGUUUUCCCAGAAUCCCACCCCACCAAGCGUGUUGUCGUCUGUCAACACGGUGGCUGGCCCACUUGGUCAGGCGACUCCACCAUUUACUUCCACCGCCAAGACCCCGAUGGAUGGUGGAGCGUUUUCCGACUCGACUUACCCACCCGUGCUUUCGAGGUCGAUUCCACCGACGUCGCAAAUGUCCCUUGCCACCGAAUCACCCCUCCGGGUGUCCACUGCUUCACUCCCGCGGCUAUGCACCAUGCUAAUCGCAUCGUCCUCGCCACUAGGCGCCGUGAAAGUAGCUUCCGCCAAAUCGAGAUCUUCGACCUUGACUCAGGGGAUUUCCACCCCGUGACUCAGUCACUCAACCCGAGUUUCCACCACUACAAUCCCUUUGUGUCUCCCGAAUCUGGAUUUAUCGGUUAUCACAGAUUUCGAGGCGACUCAGCUCCAGGCGACUCCAUAGUCCCACACCUAGAUCCCGUAAUCUCACCGGUCGGCGGACUGCGAAUGCUCAGAAUCAACGGAACAUUCCCGACAUUUUCUCCAUCCGGUGAUCUGAUCGCAUUCAAUCACGACUUUGAUUCGAAUCCCGGCAUAAAGAUCGUGAAAUCAGACGGUUCAAAGAGAUGGAACCUGUUGAAAGGCAGAACGGCGUUCUACAAUUCCUGGAGCCCGGCCGAGAGGAACGUGAUUUACUCAUCGAUCGGACCCAUCUUUGAGUCCGUAAAGGCAACGGUCCAGAUUGCACGGAUUUUAUUCGAUCUCGUCGCUGACGAUUGUGAAGAAGAAGAAGACAUCCCUAUCCGUGAUAUAAAGAUCUUGACAAGAGACGACACAGGUAACAACGCGUUCCCUUCGUGCUCGCCGGACGGAAAGUUGGUGGUCUUCCGUUCCGGUCGAUCGGGGCACAAGAAUUUGUACAUAGUUGACGCCGUGAAGGGAGAAUGUGACGGUGGCGGAAUCCGUCAGUUGACUGAGGGACCCUGGAUUGAUACCAUGCCCAGCUGGUCCCCUGACGGAGAACUCAUCGCAUUCUCCUCCAACAGACAUAAUCCCGAUAACGUCGAUGCCUUCAGCAUAUACGUUAUCCGACCCGACGGCGACGAUGUACGCAGGAUCCAGUUGGCCGAGGACAGAGAAAGGAUCAACCACGUGUGCUUCAGUGCGGACGGCGAGUGGCUACUGUUCACGGCGAACUUGGGCGGCGUGACGGCGGAGCCUGUGUCCCUGCCCAACCAAUUCCAGCCGUAUGGUGACCUGUACGUGGUGAGGUUGGACGGGAGUGGGUUGCGGAGGCUGACAUGUAACGCCUACGAGAACGGUACGCCAGCGUGGCACCCGGGAGCUUUAUCUGUGUCUUUGGGAAGUGGAGUUGGAGAUAGGUUGAGGGGUCAAUUUGACGAACCACUUUGGAUCCAUUGUUGUUUUUAAUUUUGAAUUUGGGUCUCUCCCUGUGCCAGGAAAAAAUAAAAUAAAAUAAAAUAAUUUUGUUCCAUCUUCCAA